GGUGCAUGGUGGGGAAGUACCGAACUGCCUGGGGGAAACUCUUGAGGCAUCUUCGACGGUUCAUCGAAGAAGCGGUUCGCGGUAGUCCAUCAAUGCCGUCGUGCUCGACUGAAUGCGACCUCAUACUCAUAUUGUACAUCACCGUAUAAUACUUUCGUAAUAUUUAUUUUACCGUGUGGUUAAGACAGUGUUUGUCGCGAAGUUUGAGACGUUGCUUUAGGCGCAGCAAGGUAGUUGGACUUGCGGGGUGGUUAUUGUGACUUUUGGCUUAUAUUUUGUUUAAAGAAAUUUACCUAGAAUGGGGAGGUAUCUCAUUUUAAAAUUAGGUCUGGCCAUAACUUUUUACGCUGUCUACUGCCUUAGACCUAUGCUUGUGUAUAGCUUGGAGGCUGACAAUGAAGUAGACCACUCGAAAGUGACCCAACCAAACCAUGAGUUCUUUAAUUACUUUCAAGGAGUCGACGGACGGCCUGGAAUAGAUUUCCCUGUAUAUUCCUUCAUUCCGAGAACCUCUUUUAGCUGUAGGGGGAUCGAGUCUGGAUACUAUGCAGAUCUUGAAACAGAUUGUCAAGUUUUUCAUAUAUGCGAAGAUAGCCGAAAAAUAUCGUUUUUAUGUCCAAAUGGAACUAUUUUUCAGCAGUCUGAAUUAAUUUGUGAAUGGUGGAAUAAAGUAAAUUGCUCAAACUCUCCCAAUUUAUACGAGGAAAGCGCCGAAAGGCUACAAAAUGAUGUAGCACGUAGAAAAUUAGCCAACCGAAAAGUUGUACCUGGUGGUACUAAUAGUCAACAUGGUGCAAUUAUGCGAACAGAAGAACGAUCAUCCGUACGUGUAACCCAAAAUGGUAAAAAUUAUCCAGGACGUCAGCAACAGCGGCAAAGUCAAAGAAUCAACAAUUACAGAACACCCAGCAAUAAUGACAUUGAGCAAAUAAUUGAGGAAUCAGAAUCAAACAACAGAUAUUUAGCAAAUGCCCAAAAUAAUUUGGUAUCAAAUAGUCAGUACGAUCAACUAGAACAGAGACAUCCAAACCACAAUUACAAUGUUGACCAAAAUAAUAGAAAUAGUCAAAGAGGCAGAUCUAAAGCAUCAAAGAAAGAUGUCGAUAAAGAAACUGGAAAUUAUUUAAACACUAAUUAUGAUAAACACGUAGCUCGUAAUUCUAAAAGUAGUAUCAACAAAAAUAGUGAUCAAACACAAAAAGAUUACUAUGUACAGUUUGGAGCUACAAAUAGGGAAGCUGAAGCUAUUACUGAAACCUACCAAACAACUUUAAAUAAUUUUUAUUCAACUAGCAAAAAAAAAGAAAACAGCUUCAGCAAUACUCGAAAUAGUCAUGAAAGUAGAAGUAAAACUACUUAUUCUACAGAGCCUUCUACAGCUACAUAUUAUGAUUAUAGUGAAGAAAGGGGGUCUUCAAAUAAUGUCUUUGGAACAAGAACAACUUCAAGAGUUAAAAAUAAUUUAUUUAGUUCUAAUAUAGCUUCGACUACAACUCAGGCUACAACAACAAAACAACCUUAUUCUGUGCCCUCUGUUACAUUUAUUCAGAGUACUACUGCUUCCUUAGAGGAAACGACAACUGCAGAUCCAUUUGCUUAUGGGACAGCAGUUAAAGAAAGAUUUAGCAGUUAUGAUGCAAGAAAAUCAUCAUCCAAAGAUAAAACUCUAAGAAAAAUUGAUGAAAUAUACCAAGCAAGUUUAAAUAAUAUCAAUAACUUAAAUAAAUUCAAGGUUUCCACUCCAAUAACUACAUAUUCACCUCCAAUUAAAAGUUUAAAUAUUGGAACAACCAACUCAAUAAAUUAUCAGGACUCAGGAGAGACUCAAGUUCCACAAGAAUCGUCGUCUUUUGUAAAAAGCCCAUUCAAUAGCAUAUCUGAAGACACAAUAAAAUCUUCAUCUAGCAAACCUUACCCCAAUCACAGAAGUACCUAUUCUGAUGUACAGAAACUUAUUCAUUUAGAAGCCCCUAAAGUAUCAGCAAUAUCUUCAAUUACUCCUCAUUUGGUUACUACACAACCCAUUAAUAAGGGGAAACCUUUUGUCGGAAGUAGAGUCGGUAGUACUAUUUUACCCAAUCAAAAAACGACACAUUCAAAAUAUACCUAUUUACCAACCACAAGUCCCAGCACCAAACCAACUGUAAUCCUAGGAGUUCUUCGUCAUAAGUCCACAACCUCAUUGCCACCCUAUGGUCCUCUUGAACUACAUACAAAUAAUUUUGAACAAAUCGAAGAAAAUGAUCUAUUUAAUACUGGAAACACAGACAAAGUUCUACCAGAAGUUCAAACAUUUGCUCCUUUAGCAACAAAUUCAUUGCCAACUGAUAUAUUUAAUGUUGGUAAACCUGAUACAACUUUGCGACCAAAUAUUUUACCUGAUAUUGAGAAUUCGAGCGAAACAGAUGGAUCUUUUGAAAGUAAACGCACAGAACUGUUUAACGUAGGAAAAGUAAAUCAUGCUUUACUAGCAAGUAUUACCCCGAAACUCGAAACAACUACCGAACCGCAAUUUAAAAUUAGCGUUCCAGAACAAGGCUCUUUAAAUAUUUAUCAAGGUCAAGAACCUGUUAAUGAACCACCAUUUGUGAAAAAGACCGUAUCAUUGCUUUACCCUGGUUUAAGUAGUACGGAGAAUUCAGUUGAUCAUGCCACAGUAUAUGGCAGGUAUGUAUCUAGUACCGCAAGAAGUUCUACAAAAAAUACGCCCUAUAGUCCUACAGUACCCACGGUUACGCAAAGCGCUUUUAUUACCAGUACUACGACGCGAAAACCAAAAGAAUUUACGAAUCAGGGAAUUCCAGUAAAAUUCACCAAUGGGCAAGAUAAAAUUUCUAUUCAUCUUUCAAAAAAUGUUGGUGGUCAAAGUAAUGAGAUACCGGCACGUGGAAAUGCUAUUCAGCCAUUAAAAAUUGGUGCAGUAUUACGAUUUGGCGAUAAGCAAAUUACAACAACUAUUAGACCAGACGGAUUCAAAAAUGGAUUCUAUAUUACAAAGGGCUUUAGUGAGGAAGUUGAUGACUUUUCUAGGGUGCCAGUCAAAUCUAAACUUGAAAAACCAAGACCGUUUGCAAAAAGUUUAAGUUUUGAACAAGAAAAUAAUGCAGGUUUAUCAGUAAACCAGCCAAAUAUAAAUUCAAAUAGUUUUCCGCCCUAUCAGACCUCUAGUGCAAGACCCUUUGAAUUAAACGAUGUAACUUCACCUACCACAUUCUCCAAAUCUUCUUCUAGUAUAAGUAAUAAUGCCUAUGAAAAUCUCGAUAAUAUGAUAGGAGUUUUGCAAGAAAUUGCCAAUUAUAAUUCUAAAAAAAAUAGUGAUGGUGAAAACCAAUCAGGUUUUGAGAUCCCACCCUCGGUUAGUCCUCAAACACUGCAUUCUUUAGUUCAAUAUUUUGCCCAUGACCUUCAUCAAAACGACACCAUAAAUGAAGUUCUAGAGCCUGAUACGAAAGAAAAAAUAACAACACUACUAACAGCAAUGACAGUUCACGGCUAUCACAACUUGUUUAAUGUUGGUUUGACAUCUACGCCAAUUCCGCCAACCAGUCCACCUCAAAUAAGUAGUACAGAACCUACAUCCAUAAGAUUUGGGGGAGGAAAUAAUGAAAGCUCAGUAGGAGUAGACACGACUACUACCGGUGAAGUUGAACUUCUACCCACCACUUCUAUUCCAGAACUAAGGCAGCUAGCAAGAAACUUUUCUUUGGCUUUGUCUAGUUACCUCAAUGAUCCAAAUACAUUUAGAAAAAGUCUUGAAGGAUUAAGACCUACAGAGCCUCCACCAUUAGAUGGAAGUGAUAAUAUAGAUUCAAGUACGAGCGAAGACGAGCUAUUAAACUUCUCAGACGCUGAUAUUAAGCCUAGUACUCCGGCUGCGCCUUCACCUACCUGGGGAUAUAUCUUAGCUGCAGAAGCUAGUAAAGCUCAACAAGAUGAAGUUAAAAAUUCUCUCAAUCCGGACCUACAUACAGCUGAUUCUCAGUCAUUUAUUCCCAGGUUUAAUAAAGUGCAAGUUGAAGAAAAAACUACAAAAGCGUUUACUGAUUUACCAGUUAAUCACUGGACUUCUAACACUGCUGCUACUAAGCUAUGGCAAAAGGCAUUAUCGGUUAAUCCGGCAAUAGUAAAUGACCACUUUGAAACUACAUUAUCUAGUAUAGUUUUAGAUGAUGAAACGACCGAACCAGAACUGUUUAAUGCAGAAAUACUACCAAAAAUUAGCGAGCCUCUUUCAGAAGUCAAGUAUGACUUGAGGGAAUUACCUCCUUUAUCACUAAAUGCCACACAGGUUCACGGUAUUCUGAUCGAUUUCAUGAACCAUACGAGGUCCGACGAACAUAAUCGCCUUAGUAGAAUCUUAAAGAAACUCAACACUUCAGAAGAGGAGUUCUUAAAUCGCAUGCAAGAAAUCGAAUCCAAUCCACUCACUAAACGACUUGUACUUCUAUUAAUCAGCGAGUGUGGAGCUAAUAUAACACAAGAUCUCGGACUACAAAGCUACAAAGCAAAUAGCGAAAGUAGCGAGUCGCAAAUAGUCUCAGCGAGUAGUUCAGCCGCUACAGCCAGGUCAGUACAUGGAGCCAGUGUAGAAAAUCACUCCUUAGGAAAGCUACUAAGUGAGAGUUUAAGUGAAGAAGAUCAAGAUAGUAGGGCAUUGCAAUUGUUGAAUAGCUUGUAUACUAUUGCUUCUAGAUUUGGAAAAAAGCGAUAGCCUUACGGAAAUAACAGACUGUUAUUAGUAUUUCUUCCAUCAAUAUACCAUUCUUACUAGGGUAUCAUAGGGGUUAAAAAAUAAAACUAAAUGUAUUUUUAAUAAUGACUUUGGCCUACGUGACAAGUUCUAUCUUAGUUAUCCUUAUUUAAAUUGUGUAUAAUAUAUAGAUCUUUUCACGGGGUUUUAGUUGUGAUUUGAAAUGCUAGUAAUAAUGAAUGCAUUUUUGCUAUAAUUUACUUUAAUAUCUGUGAAAACAACUUUUACUAGUAACGCUUAAUUGUAAAAAUAUGAUUUUAUGUGUGCAACCUUGCCUUACUGCAAACAGUUUUUUUAGUUUUAAUUAUAAGACAUUUUAUGAAAAAAAUGCCCUUACCUACAUGUAGCUGCAAAUGCUUAGAUGCUUAGUGGUUUUUGAAUCGGGAGUGCAUGAAAUAAUUUAAUGACUAAAUAAGGUCUUAAUGUUAUGCUGAUUAUAAGCAGAGUAUUUUGAUAAUGUACAGUAAAAUGACAUUUUAGUUUUAAUAUUUUCUCUUUUGUAUUCCCGUAUAUCUACUUUAUGCUUAGAAUAUAUUUUGGGAUAUUUUGUUGAUUUUUGGUUAGUGUAAAUCAAACUAUGUACUGAAAAAAUAUAAGAGCUUGUGAAUAUUUUUUAAAAUAAUUAUAGAAUAAUCUGUAAGUUAUUUAUAUCAUUUUAUAUAACCAACAUACUUUUUUUGGUAUUUUAAAGUUUCUUAAAACGAAAAAAAACACAAAUUAAACUGGGUUUCCUUAUAUAAAACUAAUUAAGUUUGAGCUAAUUAAGCUAAUAUUUAAAUCAAAUCUAUCUUAGUCUAAGUGUGCCUGUAGAAAGAGAAAUCUAGCUUUGAUCACAUUUGAAAAUAGGUAAUUAGCAUUUUUAACAUACUUAGACAUACAUUUUUUUUACAUUGAAAAAUUACUCAGUUAUAGCAUUU